AUGUUUCUCAGCGUUCAAGACCCUGCUCAGCGAUGGGUGCAUGCACAAUCUCUCACUCUUUCAAUUGCCACGUCAUAUCCUGUCAGAUGGCCCUACUACAUUAUGUCGACUUGGGACUUCAAGCACCCUGCUUUAGUGUCCGCUCGAAAAUGUACGCAGGACAACUUUCAGCCGGAAGCCUGCGGUCUUUCCAAGCCUCAAAAGUCCACACGGAGCAGCCUACGGGUCCAUGAGCAGGAGCAGAUACCAAGCAUCCAGAAGAAUUCCAUGAUGAUAAAAACAUUGGAUGGUGCCUCCGAUGAUACAGACGAUAUGCUCUUCUUGACUUCGAGAAACCAGCCCGCUUCCUCGAUGCAAUGGCCACAUCUUACCCAUCAGUCACGGUUGCAGUCUUCAUCAGGUGAAGACUUGAGGUCUCAACAGGUCUCCGCAGACCAAGAUCCUGCUUUCCUCGACCCCUUUGGUGAAGGCAUUGUUUCAUCAAGACGGACAUCCGCCUCAUCAGAUACUUCUGUUUAUCUCCGCCAGAAUGCCUUCCCAGGACAUCGAGACACGCUCGCUCGAUUGCCUGGUCUUACUUUUGUUCAUUAUAACCAAGAGAACGUUCUACCGCUUGAAGACUUAUCUCAUGCAGUACUUCUGCCAUCGUUGUCUUCUCCCAGCUUCACCUUCGAUCGAGACGUUCCCAGAAAUGGUCUUCUUCCACCCUCAAUCGUCUCCGACAUAUUACGUUUCCUGUCCUCUGAAGAAUACAAAGCUCUUCGUUUGGUCUGUCGACUAUGGAAUACAGCACUGCCUUUUCCCAAGGUCCCGGUUGUCUUUCGUUUACCGCGAGAAGUAGUGCAACAUAUCUAUUCAUACUUACUUCCCUCUGGUUUUGACGCUGCGCGUCAUACAUGCAGAGAGUGGUACUUGGCCAGUUUGGAUCGCAGUGUUCAAGAUCCAAUCGCCAAGGCUAGUUUUUGUCAACUUGCUCUGGACGCUGAUCUGCAACUACGACGAGAUCUGAUGCCUUUAAGAUCCAGUAGCGGCAGUCUUUCCAGGUCAGAAGAUAACGGUCACAGCAUCAAUCAGGAAUGGAUAUAUUCCAAAAGGUUGGCCACAGAGAGCAGAAUUUCUCCCAAUUGGAGAGGCGGACCUCCAUUGACCAACAAAAAUGAAUUACAUUCAAGAUUGUCGGUCACUGGGGAGAUUGACUUUUCAAGAAUUCUUCAGAAUGCAUGUUCUGGACGAUCUCGAUUUACUGUCUCAACUUGUGGCAAGUUUCUCUUGGUUGUCUCUGGUGAGGAAAUCACAUUGUACGAUAUAUUUGUACCGGGCGGAUCGGUCUUUCCAGUCACCCGAAUGGUUGCUGGGAGCGAAGUGCUGAAAGUUAGCAUGGACACCACCUGUGGGAGGUGUUCAGUGGCUGCCUUGCUCUCAGGUCGUGUAGGCAUGUUGUGGGACCUUCUUGGAACGCUCUCAAAAAUGGAUUACUGCAAUCCUCCAGGCGAUUCAAUUGACCUCGGGAUGAAGACAGUUGUACAAGAUGCAGCGACAAGCUUUUAUGCACAGCCGACUCCUCGAGACCUGCGAAAUCUCUCCGAGGAGUCGGUCGUCUCGGAAGGCGGACCAUAUCCCGCGAGACAAGAGAUCUCUGGCUUGGAUGAACUUGGAGACUCUGGCGAUUUAGGACCUGAUGGCCGACACGCAGUCCACUUUGGAAUCUCCAUCAGGACUCGACCAACAGCUGUGCACGCCAAUAUAGGCAGCCCAGAUGAUCUUCCGCGAAGCGUGGCUAUAUGCCCAAACCGAAGCUGCGUUGCGUACGGUUGUCAGAUGGGCAUCGAGUUGUAUUGGGUUGAUGCAAUUACUGGUGGUAGUCUGAAUCGAUGGUUCCCACUCGCAGUUCCCAGCGACUGCCUAUAUUUUCAGCCACCACGGACAGGCGUUGAUUCGAGAAAGAGACUCCGUUUGAUCUCAAGCCCUGCAGGUCCAGAUUCAGUUGCCACGCAGUUAAUCCGACGCGAGAGCACACCUGCUAAAUGGAAAUAUUGGUCCACUCCGGUAACUCGUGGACGUCGGCAAAGCUUGACUCGUUUCUUCUUUGGCGGUCUACCAUUUCCAACUGAUGCAAGUCCACACUCAGAUCGGCCAGCCUCGCAAUCACGCCAGCGUAGGGAAGAAAUGCAAGGUGUCUUGCGUGCGGUUGACUGUGACCACUAUCGCGGUGUGCCAGUCAGCGAUGGCUCCCAUACACUCUUCACAGAUCCGGACAGUGGAAUGUUGUGUUUGGGAAGUGACGCACCUCCUGGGGGAUCGACAAAGCUCGUCAGGAAAGUCAUAUUCGCUCCUCCACCCCACCCAGAUGGCAGAUAUUGCUCACCAUUACGGUACGCGGCUGGGAAAGCGCUUGAUUGGGGCUUGCGUCUUGUCGCAGUCUAUAAUGAUGGUCAAAUUGUACUGUAUAACAUUCCAUCUGAUGUCUUCAGUGGUAUGAAGGAGGCGUCUAGUGUAACAGACAUGUCGAGCGAGACCGCCGGAGCCUUCGGGCAAAGUGACCUCUUGAUGGACACUCACAUGAGCAGCCGGCCAAACAGGUCAGUUGAAACUCGUAACGGAAAGGAAGCGCUGCCUGAUUCUUUCUCUUCGGGAGGCCUUCCUUUACAUAUCAACGGCGCCGUAAUUGCCAAGGUUGAGAACGACUUGGUUGACGACCUUGCUGUUCAGACUGAAGGUGAGGGACUUUCGGUCUGGAUUUUCUACAAGAGUGGGCGAGCGGUGUUGCACAGCAUUUAUACGCCUCUGAAUUGCCGAAAGAAAAUGAUGUAUGUUAGCGAGAAUGGUCUUGUUUAUAAUGUUCAACAAGACGAUGGAUUGAACUAA